AUGCGCCUGAUCAAGAACAAGAUUGAGCACAAUGGCUCGGGGACAGUCACUCUAUGUCCCGAGGAGCCUGAGGAUAUGUGGCACGCAUACAACCUGAUCCGUCCAGGCGAUCUCCUCCGCGCCAGCGCAAUCCGACGCGUAACAACAGUCCAAGAUACAGGCUCCACAUCCUCCGCCCGAGUCCAUCUGACUCUGUUGAUUAAAGUGAAGAGUCUCGACUUCGACCCGCAAAGCUCGCAGCUGCACGUAUCCGGUCAGAUUAUGAACGAGACGGCGCACACCAAAAUUGGACAAUUCCAUACGCUCGAUCUGGAGUUGAACCGGAACUUUACUCUAGAGAAGGAGGUGGGCGCUGAUGGGGAGGGUGUUGGAUGGGAUAGUGUCGCGGUGGAACAGUUGAAGGAUGCAGUGGAUGAGGGUGGCAACCGGCGUGCGGAGGCUGUGGCUGUUGUGAUGCAAGAGGGACUGGCACAUAUCUGCUUUAUCGGCCAGUUCCAGACGAUAUUGAAGCAAAAGGUAGAGAUGUCGGUGCCGAGGAAGAGGCAAGGUGGCGGAGAUCAUGAUAAGGGUAUGGGCAAGUUCUUCCGUGUGACGCUGGAGACACUUCUGCGUCAAAUGGACUUCAACACCAGCCUUACGUCCGGAGCCAAUAACGAAGCUGUGCGCCCUGUUCUACUCGCCUCCCCGGGUUUCGUUGCAGCGGGUUUCCACAAGUUCAUUCAGUCCGAAGCAUCUACGACAACACCUGGUCUAAAGCGAUUACUCCCCAGCAUCAUGGUCGUGCACUCAGCCUCCGGCUAUCUCAACUCAUUAUCAGAGGUCCUCCAAUCGCCUGCCGUCAAAACUCUCCUAGCCGAUACCAAGUACGCCCGGGAGACGAAACUGAUGGACGACUUCCUGGACCAGCUACGCAAAGAGACGAAUAAGGCUACAUACGGUCCUCGCGAGGUAGAAUCGGCAGUCGACCAAGGAGCCGUCGGCCGCGGUGGUGGUGUAUUGAUCAUGUCGAACAGACUGUUCCGGUCGCAAGACGUCGCCGAGCGUAAGCGGUGGGUUUCUUUGGUAGACCGCGUUCGGGACGUCGAAGGCGGCGAGGUACGAGUUCUCAGCUCGGACCAUGAAAGUGGAAAGCGUCUGGAGGGGCUUGGAGGCAUCGCGGCGCUUCUGACAUUCCCCGUUGUUGAGGAAGACCUGGAUUCGGAAGAUGACGCCGCCGAUACUCAUUGA